UCCAAGGAUCGUUUGUUGUCGGUGAUUUCAACGGGUUUUGUGCAUCUCUUGCCAUUCAACAAUGGCAGACUCUACGCCCAAUAUUCCAAACAUCUACUUGCUGCAAGAGGAUCGGGAGAAAAGCUUCAAGCAAUGGCCCUACACAGAGGACAAAAAGUGCAGCAUACGAAAGAUGGCCGAAGCCGGAUUCUACUGGCAUGGCACUGACCACGAGAUCGACAUAGCGGCCUGUUUCGUCUGUGGCAAAGAGCUGGACGGUUGGGAGGAAUCGGAUGACCCCUGGACCGAACAUCAGAAGCACGCUCCCCAGUGUGCAUUCGUAAAGUAUGGCCGAGCCGAAACCAAUCUGACGUGCGAAGAAAUGGUCAACCUGAUGAUGGCAGCCCUAAAGAUGAGAGGCCAAAACAACUACACCAGCUUGAAAACCAACACCAAGAUGUUCAUCGAAAAAAAACGGAAAGAAUUAGAAAAACUUUUACGAACUCACUAACAGACAUCGAAACCACACUGAAUGUUAGCGUGUAAGCUAUUCGACAAGACUCUUUUGUAACCUCCAUUUUUGAGGGAUUUUGAACGCGAAUAAAACAUGUCGAACUUUGGAAUGCUCGAGCAACGAUGUGCGAAGUUUAUUCAGCGAUCGCACCGCUGCCCCGAGAACU